AUGAUACCAAUAGAAAGAUGCUUCAGUUUAGCAGAGGAUCAUAUCUUCCAGGUGGACCUUGCCUUCAAUAUAUUCUUUCUCCUGUACUUUAUUCUGAGGUUUGUAGCUGCUCAGGACAAAUUCUGGUUCUGGCUUUCACUGAAUUCUGUUGUAGAUUUCUUCACCAUUCCUCCAAUAUUUGUAUCCAUCUAUAUGUCCAGAACAUGGCUUGGCCUAAGGUUCUUAAGGGCAUUGCGUCUCAUGCAGCUUUCAGAGAUUCUCCAGUUCUUGAGUAUUCUCAGAACCAGCAACUCCAUCAAGCUCCUCAACCUGGUCACACACCUAUUAACAUUAUGGCUGGGAUUUGCAGGCAUCAUACACCUGGUCGAGAAUUCAGGUGACCCAUGGAUGCAAUUUGCCAACAAGCAACCCCUCUCCUACUGGACGUGUAUUUACUUCCUGGUCGUCACCAUGUCAACGGUCGGCUAUGGAGAUGUGUAUGCAAAAACUGUUCUUGGGAGGAUCUUUGCCACUACCUUCAUCUUCGGUGGCUUGGCCAUGUUUGCAACAGUGGUUCCCGAAAUCUAUGAAAUUGUAAGCCAGAGAGGGAAAUACAGUGGUUCGCUGCAGUCAGAGAAGGGCAAGAAGUAAGUCCAUUUCAACAAUUAGAUUUAUCAAAUGCCUAUUUCAGCUUUUAUGCCUUGCCUUGAUGGAGUACGUGAAUGUCAGUGAAACGUUAACUUUGGCGAUCUAACCAAUUCGCAGAGUGUGAGAAGUGCAUAGUAACCAGCCCUUGCUUUUGGUUACAAUAUGAAGAGAAAGUUUGUCAAAAUUUCAUGUGAUAAAAAUUUUAAAAAGUGUUCAAGCACAUUUUCAACAUUUUUAGAAAUUAAGACAUUGUAUUCUAAAUGUUUUGUUAUGUAUGCAGACUUCUACUCAUUAUACAAUUACUAAUUUCAUUUCAAUUAUGUUCUAUUCUAUAGAAUUUUCAUAUAAGGAAAAAUAUCCCAAUUUAGCACUAUUUAUUAAAAAAAAAAUAUAUAGUAUACCUUCCCUUCUGAUGCUCAGUGAGCUUAGAAUCGUGUACUGAUUUAAAAAUCAAAUUUUAAUCAAGGCCAUGGCUAACAGCGGCCCAGAUCAAAGAGAACACCACCGAUUGCCUGACACUUGAUGGAAAGAGUUGUUUACAUCCAGAAUACAGACUUGGAUGUUGGAUAUAUGUUCCAUUGAAGCGUUACUAAUGUCCUCCUCUACAGGCUGUUCUCCACCAGCCGAAGAUUGCUCAGUCUUUGGGUUCUGCAUUUCAAAAUACAUGUGCGCCAAUUGUACCAUUGUUCUGAUGUCACUCAUAAGUGUUAAAAUGACAUGAUGGCUUGGGUGAUUUCAUCCCAGAAAUUCUCUAAAGAUUCUCCAAAAGUCUCCAUUCACUGCAAUGGUAAAACU